UUUUGUUAUAGCAUUUUGCAUUCACACAAAUUAAAAAGCAAAACGAUCAACAUUACUAUUUGUCAAUUAGUUAGGUUUAAGCUCAUGUUUAAUGAUGAUGACUUUCCUGUACUGGCGAGUUCAAUGGGGCAUGGCAGUCAACAACCACAGAAGAGUACCUCAUUGGUGAACGACGACUUGAAAGAAAAAAGGCCAAAUGUGGCGGAAGUUACCCCUGAAAAUGUAGGAAUACGAACACAUCCUGAUGGACGCGUUACGAACAUUCCGCCAGGGAUGCUCAAUGACCAAUUUGGUAUGGCUGGAUUGCUUACAUUUUUGAGAACAAUUGAAAGCUCGCCAUCAAUAGUUGGACUCGCCCUGGGUCAUGACUUGACAAAUUUGGGAUUAAAUCUUAACUCAUCAAAAAGGAAUUUAUUUCAAACAUUUGGUGGUCCUUGGGCGGACUUUCCUUGUAGAAUUCAGGACUUGGAUGCAAAAGUACCAGAAGAAUAUUUGACAAAUGCUACAAUUAGGGAUAAAUUACCAAAUAUUAAAUUAAAUAAACUUCAUGAGGAUGUUCUUUUCUACCUCUUUUAUAACUGCCCUGGCGAAGUUUAUCAAGUUGCUGCUGCUUCUGAAUUAUAUGCGCGUGACUGGCGGUUUCACAAAAUUGAACGUUUUUGGCUACAAAGGGCAGCAUUUUCAGCUCCACCACGUGAAAUUGGUGGAACAUAUGAAAGAUGUCAAUAUAAUGCUUUUGAUCCAAUUCAAUGGAGAAGGGUACCAAGAGAAAUGAUUUUAGAAUAUAAAGAUUUGGAAGGAAAACCAGCUGUUCCAUUUCAACAACAACACAAUAAUUCUCAACAACAACAGUCAUCACUACAACAACCGCAUCAACUACAGCAGCAACAGCAACAUCAACAAAACCAACAACAUCCGCAUUUAAUAUCAACAACAAAUACAAUCCCUUUGUCAAUGUCUUCAAUACAAAAAACAACAGCAGAUGGUACUAAUAAUAGUAAUAGUAGUAGUGGAAUAGUUGGUGGUGGUCCUUCUAUAUUCUCGUGA